GCCGAGGACUGGAAGCAACGCACCGUUUAGCGUUUUCUUCUAUAUAGCCAUCACCAGGAACGUUGAUCAGAGAAGUAAAACCCCAUUUUAUCAUUUCACUCGAGUCUGCAACCUUCGAUUCCGCCAUGGCGUUUCCUUACAUGGAAGCUGUACUUGGUUUUAUGGUGCUGAUGUAUGUUUUUGAAACGUAUUUGGAUUUACGACAACAUUCUGCACUGAAACUGCCAACUCUUCCCAAACCUCUAGUAGGAGUAAUCAGCCAAGAGAAGUUUGGAAAAUCUCGAGCUUAUAGUCUUGAUAAGAGCCACUUCAAUUUUGUUCAUGAAUUUGUGACUAUACUGCUGGACUCUGCCAUUUUAUAUUUUGGGAUAUUGCCUUGGUUUUGGAAGAAAUCAGGAAACUUUCUACUUUUAACUGGUCUCAAUGCGGAGAAUGAAAUACUACACACCCUUGCUUUUUUGGCUGGUGUUAUGAUAUGGUCACAGAUCACUGAUUUGCCAUUUUCUCUCUAUUCAACCUUUGUGAUCGAGGCCCGUCAUGGUUUCAAUAAACAAACAAUAUGGCUAUUCAUUAGGGACUUGUUCAAGGGAAUUUGCCUUGCUAUUGCACUUGGCCCACCUAUUGUUUCAGCAAUCAUUUUAAUAGUACAGAAAGGAGGUCCUUACUUGGCCAUUUAUCUUUGGGCAUUUAUGUUUGUUCUCUCUCUUGUGAUGAUGACACUCUAUCCGGUUUUGAUAGCCCCACUUUUUAAUAAGUUCACUCCUCUUCCAGAAGGAGAUCUCAGGGAGAAAAUUGAGGCACUUGCUUCCUCCCUCAAGUUUCCUUUAAAGAAAUUGUUUGUUGUAGAUGGAUCUACAAGGUCAAGCCAUAGCAAUGCAUACAUGUAUGGCUUCUUUAAGAACAAGCGAAUUGUCCUUUAUGAUACACUGAUUCAGCAGUGCAAAAACGAUGAGGAAAUUGUAGCUGUAAUUGCUCAUGAAUUGGGGCAUUGGAAACUUAAUCAUACUAUGUACUCAUUUAUUGCUGUGCAGAUUCUUACAUUUUUGCAAUUUGGAGGAUAUACUCUUGUGAGAAACUCAAGCGAUCUGUUCCGAAGUUUUGGGUUUGAUACACAACCUGUUCUCAUCGGACUGAUCAUAUUUCAGCAUACCGUAAUACCUCUCCAACACCUCGUGAGCUUUGGUCUUAAUCUCGUGAGCCGUUCUUUUGAAUUUCAGGCUGAUGCUUUUGCCAAGAAGCUUGGUUAUGCAUCUGCUCUUCGUUCUGGUCUUGUGAAACUACAGGAAGAAAAUUUGUCAGCCAUGAAUACAGAUCCUUGGUACUCAGCAUAUCACUAUUCACAUCCUCCUCUAGUUGAAAGACUGGUUGCACUUGAUGAACCAGAUAAAAAGACAGACUGAUAUGAGCAACUCGUGGACAUGUAGCGUAGAUUUCAUUCAUUUGGUUGCAAUUGACGGAGUGGUCUAAUAGCUGAAGUCACCCACUUAGAUGUAACUGUUAUUGGCCCUGCUGGAGGUUUACACUUAAAUAGUUAAACGUAACAUUUUCUUUCUUAUGCCAGAAAAAACUUAGUUCAAACUUACUAGGUGAGAGAAGCAGGGAAAAGCGAGAGGAGGAAUGGGGUGGAAAUGGAACAUAGUUAAGUAUCUUAUCUUUGCAUCAGCCUUAAUAUUCAUAGAAUCUGAAUUGGUUUUGAACCUGUUGACUUGGUUGGUAUCUUUUUAUGUUUUAUAAUCUAUCAAAUCCUUUUGCAA